AUGAGGGCGCUGGACGAACCAAAGAUGUGGCCAGCGCAGCACGGCAAGGAGGGCGGGGAAUCGCAAGCCAGGAAUCUGAGGCACGACCCGCUUCGGGGCUGCCAGGAGAGCUCGAAGGACUGCAGCGCGGAGCUCCGAGAGCUACAAGAAGGAGGUGAGGAUUCGGGAAUUCCCCCUUGCUUGGGCGAGGAUGCCUUCGACAUCGAGGAGCGCUCCUGGGAGCAGCAGCGCCGCCAAGUCGGCCUUGUGGGCCGACUGGUGGUGUACAAGGACGGCGCGACGUUGCGGGAGGACUUCGUCUUGCGGCCAGGCCUCCGACAGUCAGGGGCUGUUGUUGCGAUGAUUCGUUGUCCGGGGCUGGCGGAGAAGGCUGGCAUCCAGGUGGGCGAUCGCUUGGUGUCUGUCAACGGAAAGCGUCUGCAGGAUGUUGCAGACUGCGUGAGCAUGGGGGUUGUCGCGAACGUCGAGGUCCGGCUAGUCUCCUCUGCACCCGUCGAAAUGGACUUCACCCUGGCAAGCGACAAGGCCAAUAAAGUUCGAGGGAACUGCUAG